CCUCACUACAGCCAAUUCACCUGUCUAGUCUCACUUCAUUGCCGCUCGCGUCUUGGGCUGCGGCGGAGCCGUUAGUCGCCAUUCUCAGCUGACUGCGGCUCCGUAUUGCACAUUGCGUGAUAGUUACCCCUCUCGCCAUGGCCGCGGUGCAGAUCGCCGCAGCUGUCGCAAUGUCUGAUCCGCGGGUCACCUCAAUGUCCAUGUCGUCGCCCGUAGUACAGUCGCGCCGCCUGUCUCAUUCGCGUGCCGUCGCCAAUCCCACCUUGCGACUCCUCUCCUCAACCUUGCCACAUACAAACCUCUCCUCUCGACGAGACCGCAGUUUACGCCAACGCGUCGUAGCCGCGCGCCGCUCCUUGCCAUUGCGCGCCGAGCCUCGCGUCGGCGAGCGAACAGUACAACCACCGUCUCCCCGCAGCUCACGGAAAGCCGUGCGCGCGUCGGCCGUAACGGCGCCGAAAGAAGGAGCCCAGGCGGCUUCCCCCGCUGCGGCAGACGCGCGAUCGCGGGAAUCGGCGGACCUCGCGGAGGUUGGCGGAAAUGGCGCGGGGCGGGCAGCGGAAGCUGAAGCGACGGCGGUGGUGCUGCUGGACGUGCGCGAGAUGAUGUGCGGGGGCUGCGCCGCCGCCGUGCGCCAGGUGCUCUCCGCGCAUCCGCGCGUCAUUAGCGCCGGCGUGAACCUCGUCACUGAAUCCGCGGCUGUUACUGUCUCGCUCCGCGCGCCUGAGGCUUCCGGCUCCCCUACCGCCCCCGCUUCCCCCUCCGCGUCGUUUCCGUCCGCUUCCGCCAAGCCGAGCGCAGAGGCGGCGGAGCUCGACUCGCUGCGCGCCGAGCUGGCGGAGCUGGUGGAUGACGCGGGGUUCCCGUGCUCCGUGCGCAGUGCGGCCGAGGCGGACGAAGAAGCGGAGGCGCGGCGGAGGGAAGCGGCGGAGCGGAGGCAGCGCGCGGUGGCGCGGGCGCGUGUGGACGUGGCGGUGGCGGGGGUGCUGGCGGGGCUGUGCUGCGCGCACCACGUGGGGCACCUGCUGCACGGCAUGGGGCUGCACGCCCUGGCGCACGGCCCGUGGAUGGCGGUGCUGGACGACGUGAGAGUGCGGUCUGCCAUCGCUGCUGUGGCGCUGCUGGGACCCGCCAGAGACCUGCUGUGGGACGGCAUGAGGGCCCUGCUGCGCCUGUCGCCCAACAUGAACUCCCUUGUGGGCCUUGCCUCCCUCGCGGCCUUCUGCAUCGGCGUGGUGGCCCAGCUGUACCCCGACCUCGGCCUCGACUCCUCCUUCACUGACGAGCCUGUCAUGCUGCUGGCAGUGGUGCUCCUGGGUCGGUCGCUGGAGGCCUCUGCCCGGGCCCAGGCUUCCUCCGACCUCAAUGCGCUCAUGUCCCUUCUGCCCUCCACGGCCCGCCUGCUUGUUGACGACGACAGCACUGAAGGCGAGCAGGCUGAGGGGGCGGGGGGCAGGGGUGGUGAGGGCGGGAUGGAGAGUGGGAGUGAGGAGGAGGGCGAGGGGGGGUUGGCGCUGAGCAUGGCGGCGUGGGUGCAGGUGCCAGCCAACCACGUGCGCCCGGGGGACAAGGUCCUGGUGCUGCCUGGUGACGUCAUCCCUGUGGAUGGCACGGUGGUGCACGGGCGCAGUGCCGUGGACGAGUCCCUGCAGACGGGCGAGGCAGCCACAGUGGCCAAGCGCAGGGGUGCUGCUGUGGCUGCCGGCACGGUCAACUGGGAGGGGCCCAUAGUGGUGGCAGCAACAGCCACGGGCGCCAGCUGUGCGGUGUGUGAGAUGGCGCGGCGAGUCGAGGACGCCCAGCAGCGCACGGCGCCGGUGCAGCGCCUGGCGGAUGCCAUCGCAGGGCCGUUUGUCUUCACCAUCAUGUCGCUCGCUGCCGCCACCUUUACCUUCUGGUACACUGUGGGAGUGAACCUCUACCCACAGGUGCUGCUGUCGGACUACGCAGGCGACGACUCGGACCCCCUCGUGCUCAGCCUCAGGCUCGCCAUCAGUGUGCUGGUGGUGGCAUGCCCGUGCGCGCUCGGCCUCGCUACUCCCACUGCCAUCCUCGUCGGCACAUCCCUCGGCGCCAGGAGGGGGCUGCUGCUGCGCGGGGGCGAUGUGUUGGAGCGCCUGGCGGCCAUGGAUGUGGUGGCCUUUGACAAGACCGGCACGCUGACAGCGGGUCAACCCCAGGUGUCGGCUGUGGUGCCUGCUUCCCACCUGCCAGUCGCCGCCCUCCCUCUCUCACUCCAUCAAGCCACCUCACCACAAGUAGCGUCCUCCUAUGCAGUCCCUGCCUCACCCACAACAGCCCUCCCAGCGCCACGCAUGCAAGGCGCUGACACCAAUGCUGCUGACCCUAACGUCGCUGACACCGUCUCUCUCCUCCGCCUGGCAGCAGCAGCAGAGUCCAGCACACGCCACCCGGUCGCAGCCGCCAUCACCACCCACGCUGCCCGCCUCUCCGCCGCCCCACUGCCGCCCGUUUCCUCGGCACUUACUGUGCCUGGGCGGGGCGUGGUGGCAGUGGUGGAUGGCAGGGAGAUCCACGUGGGAGCAUUUGACUGGGUGGCGAAACACUGCCUGAGGGGCCAGGGGGAGAGGGAGAGGAGGGGGGUGGAAGGGGAGAGAUGGCGGAGAGUGGAGGAGGGGGUGUUGAGUGGGGAGUGUGGGGGUGUGGAGGGGGAGGGAGGAGAGGGGGACAGAAGGGAUAGCAGCAGCAGCCACACGUUUGUGUACGUGGGCGAAGUGCGGAGUGAGGGGGAAAGGAGGGGCGAGGAGGGGGUGGAGGGGAGCAGGGGGCAGGGAGGGGGGUCGAGGAGCGGGGGUGGCAUUCUAGGGUGCAUCUGUGUGAGUGACUCGGUGCGCACUGAAGCCCAGCAGACCGUGAGCAGCCUCGCCUCUCUGGGGGUGUCAGCUGCUGUGCUGUCGGGCGACCGACAGGCCGCAGUCAACCGGGUGGCGCAGGCAGUGGGCAUCACUGACAGUGCGAAUGUUCUGGGAAGGCUGCUGCCGGAGGGCAAGGAGGAGGCGAUAGAGCGGAUGCAGAGGGAAGGGCACACGGUGGCCAUGGUGGGCGACGGCAUCAACGACACCCUGGCGCUGGCCCAUGCGGACGUGGGAGUGGCGGUGCCUCCCCCAGGUGCCACCUCGGCUAUCAUGAGCGCCGCUGCUGACGCUGCUGACCUCGUGCUGCUGGGGAACCGACUCACACAGCUGGUGGACGCGGUGCAUCUGGCGCGUGCCACCAUGGCCCGCGUGCGCCUAAACCUCGGGUGGGCGCUCGCCUACAACUGCCUCGCCGUGCCUCUCGCUGCCGGGGCCUUCCUCCCUGCCUACGAUGUGGCACUCACGCCCACGCUUGCCGGAGGGCUCAUGGCGGGGAGCUCCGUGCUGGUGGUGGUCAGCUCGCUGCUGCUCAGAUUGCACAAGCCGCCGCAGUGAUUGGAGAAAUUCAGAGGAAUCGGUCGAUGACUCAAUGAGGGUUGGUUUAGUGGAGGUGGGGGAGGCUGGCGCGCAUUCAGGUUGCUGCUCGUGGCACUGGCUCUACGGAUGACCUGCUGCUUGGUUGACUCACUCUACACCAGCCAGCUGCUGGUGCACUAGGACAUGUAUCGGUAGGAUUUAGCCAGCUGCUUACUUGCACCACAGUACCAGCAACAGAA